GGCUCAUCUGAGGCUGUGACAUUGUGGAAGCAGACAAUCAAUAUGGGAUUCAAAAUGCAUCAAUGUGUAGCUCUUCAAGUAGUAAAUACACCAGGCUGAUACGCCAUUAUAUUGUCCUAACAAUGCCAUUGUUCGUGUUCCUGGCUGUUUGUGCCGAUGAAGCAGAAGCAUAUAUUGAGAAACAGUACUUUUGGCUUUGCCUUUUCUUUGCUUUUUCUGGCCAAUUUCUAUCCCAGCCAGUCUGCCACGAUUAUGCAUCUGUUCUUUUAUCGAAUAGCCAUAUCCAUCCAUAUAGCCCCAAAUGAUAGCCCAUUCACUUCAUCCAGACUGAUCGAGUUCAAUCAAAGCCCUGCUGUCAAACCCCGUUUCUCGUCGCUGGUCCACUUGCCGGUCCCCCGCGAUAGGAAGCGUCCGUGUUUUUCUUCACUUUCAGUCUUCACUUUUCAGCCUUGACAGCUUCUCCUCUUGAAUGGUGGAAACAUACCCCGUACACAAAUAAUGAGCCACACUAGUGGGCGCCAACAGGUCUGUCCAUUAUGAUACGUCCUGUCUUUUG